AUGAAAAUGAUGCUCCCGUUCCCUAAGAUCCCAACCUUUGUGCAUUAUGAGCUUGUACCUUCUGGCUCAGGUGUCGCCCAGAAAAUGUCUGAAGAAGUAGCCAUCGUUGCCAUCAUUCAGCCAGCUCCCGGGAAGCUCGACAGGGUACGGGAGCUCUUCAAAGCCGGGCUCGAAUACAUGCAGGCCAAUGAGCCAGAGACUUUGGAAUUCUCAAUCUAUGAAGAGCAUGGCGAGGCUGGAGUGAAGCUGUUCAUGGUUGAAAGAUAUGCCUCUCAGGCCGCGAUGCACAAGCACGAGAGCUCCGACAAUUAUAAGGCGUUUUUCAAGACUAUGAUGGACGAAGAGAUCUUAGCGGGGCCGCCCACCAUCUCUAAGGGGAAGUACUGGCUUGCUUUGCGCCGAUGA